GUGGAAGGUUCCGUGAACUAGAUUGGCACUUAUUUUGUUCGUUUUCUCUGUCCGGAUCGUGAUCGAUAGUCGUUUGAUCGUGUGCAGCAAUGAGAACGACGAGAGAGCAUCUUCUGUGCACGAAAGAGCUUUCCCGUCGUGUCGCUGUACUGUAGCAGUGCUCCUACUAGCACACAAAAUAAAGAACAAGAUGAGGACGGGCUACAGUAGUCCCAGCGCGGUUAUUUGCAUGCAUCCAUGCAAUUUGAUGAAUCUCGCAAACCAGAAUAGCAAUAGAGACACGAGGAGACCUUCCGAAGUCCUUUAUUCCGAGAGUACAACAAGAAGGAAUACUAAUACAUGGCCCUUUGGAGCACAGACAGCUCCUUUCCGGUUUUGACAACAUAUUGACUUCGAGUCGAAUUUUCUCAGCUGUCUCAGCAACGAACAACUAACACAAGAACAUCUGAAAAGUCACUUCCGCAAGGUCUGUCGGUGAGCGCAACUCAAAGAAACUGGACGUUGCAAUCUUCGUACCCAACCAGAUUCAAGAUUCCAAAGCACCACUGCAAGUACUUACGAGCCACCACGGCAAAAUCAUCCUCUUCUACGGCAGCUUCCCCUGUUUGCUAAAAAACUCCACCGGUUCUGAGGCUACUUUGACCGGUACUUACACAGACCCUGCUGAAACGAAAAGUUGACUAGCCAGUUGCGUACUCUAGUUGGACACUUAGCCCGCAGCAAUCGAGAAAGGGAGCAGCGGCAACAAAACUCGUCGCUAGCCGCAACGGUCUGGAAGUAGGUUGUGGAUGAAAAUUCCUCAGCAUCUCCUGUGAGAAAAACAAGUCCUGUUGAAAUAUAGAAGUAGAGGCGAACACGAACAAGCGACGACGACGUCAACAUGCCGAAUAACGACAUUUGCCCACACACCCUACCGAUCGAGGGCGACGCGGAUCUGCUGGUGCAGGUGUAUUAUCAAAUGCAAAAGUGUCUGGGUCUGGAAGACGAGUGCGAGAUUUGUCAUGCAUACUUCUCAUGACCCAUGAUGCCUGUAAUGCUUGACCUAGCAUCGCAGACUUUCAGAGGGCUUCCUGAUGUACUACCUUCCGCAUGAGAAAUGCCCUGUCCGUGUAGCAAAAACUGUACCCCUCUUGCUGGUCAUGCAAUACAAAUUUUUUUAGAGUCCAAAAACAGCAUUCCAGACCCAGACACUUUUACAAUCCAUAUGCACCCAAACAGCAACGCCGACGGCUUUACGGAGCACCCCGUGCCUUCGACCCUCGCCAAAAGGCAUCCGUACCUACCCGAACAAGCUGCAUCAGUCAAGGGCGAUGACGUAAAUACUUAUAUUUAUAAAAGAACCUCGCUGUUUGAACGUGAAGUAGAGGUCGUUCACGUUCUUACAGCUAAAACCCGAUUGUUUAUUUGCCAGGUUUAGCUGUAGUGUCAAUGGGAAUAAAUUGUUGUUGCAUUCCGCAGGAACAGGAAGCCAGUGCGUGGUGCAUUUUGUGAGACAUGACAUACGUAAACCUUCACCCUCUACACACAGGCAACCAUCGGGUACGGGCAUCGCUCGUGGCAAAGAAUAGCGGAGCAGCUUAAGGGGUACCCGGCCAACGGCUUUUCAAUCGCGACCAUAAAUCAAGUACUCGAAAUCGCGGCCGUAGAAGGUAGUACUACAGCUAAAGAAUAAAAAACUGCGAAAAGUUUGUUUCACAGCAGGCUGGAUGCGCGAAAUUGUGUUGCAUGUGCAUCCACCUGGUAGAAGAAACCAUAGGAGAUAUUACAGUACUUGUGAAUGUUUGUCAGCGACGACCGGCACGAAUAAAGAUAAAAACGCAAAACAGGUAGCGAUGCUGAUUUCGCAGUGGAGUUCGGCAACCAGCACGUUGACUUCAACGCUUUGCUCGGCGAAAAGCAGCUACAACGCGCAACCGCAAAAGUACUUGAAAAUUCUGCUUUUUGAAGAACGAUUUUUCUUCAUCUGUGAAACGUGAGACAAAGCGCAUCGCGCAGAUUCGCGGCUCAUCCGAUCCGCGGCGUAUCUGGUAGCCGUUUUUUUUGAGAGUCACUUGUGGUCCCUCUUUAAUCUGUAAAAAUGCAACAGGUACUAGAGCGCGUCUUACACUACAAGUCUGGUCGAGAAUGGUGCGCGUCCAUAGCAGUGGGAAAAACAUUGGGGAGCAUCAUAGAAUCAACAAGCGACACUACUGACGAGGAGGAGAAAAAAGGUACGUGCUCUUAGUAAGUAGGCCGAGUCAACACCAGUUUGGCAUCGGAGUCUGAUUCUCAUGCUAUCGUCUACACAAAAGCAAAACUCGAGGACGAUAAAUAGUUCUCGAUGACACAUAAAAAAGAAAACCAUUUAUACAUAUUCAUAAAAAUUAAUAAUCCUAACAGUUCUCUACGCCAUCGGUAAGUGCUGCAACCGUUGGGCGACUAGCCGAGACAGCAGUGUGAACGGGACCGGUCUCAUAAAAGCCAUCGUGACAGUGCUGAGCAGUUUUGCGCCGCGGGGCGAGAAGGCAUCGGUGGAUUGGCUGCUGCUGCUGGAGUUUUACACGGCGCUGAAAUACAUGAGCACUUACAACCCAGAGCCGGUGAUCGACUCCGACUUGAUCCAAAAAACCACCAUUAUCCAAGAAAAAAAGAUUGUUAGUGUAACUUUGUGAUGCGCGACAUGCAAGACCAAAUCCAAAACGAUACUAAUUGCAUCUGUGUCUGUUAUGCUGUACAUGCAUUCUAGGGUCUAUUCAAGCGCCGGUUUUUGUUUUUCACGUACUCGUACUUAUUAAAUUGCGCAUGAGAUUUUUGGCUGUCUUCAUCCCAGAUGACACAUUUGUGUUGAUGGUGCUCCGCUGAGAAAAAGUUACACCUAGAAUGCUUUUUUGUUGGAUAACCACUCUCAUGGAAUCAGUGCACGCAGACAAAAGCGUCCCAAAUCGCAGCUGGCUCCUGGAAGCCUGCCUUGGAGUAGUAACGCAGGCCGGAAAUCUGGACAGUGGGAGAACGAAGCUGCUAGCUGGUAUUUCUUCCUUUAAUAUCUGUACGGAGGGUAUACUUGUCGUCAGCAUGAUAUUCCUCACUUCUGCCAGUUCCUGCAGACAGGAGCUUGCUUUUCUAAGCAGCAGUUUGUAGGGGUUCGCUUACUUAUUUAUUUUGAAAGACCGACGGUCAUUUUGAGAAAUCGCCGGAAGCCACAACGACUUCGGUUUUGCUAGCACCAAAUACAAACACCAUACCAACAACUUACGCGCCCAAGGAAUUAACAGCUGCCCAAGCUGCAAGCAGUAGCAGCUGAGCUUUAAUGUAGAGCCUUGACGACAAGCAAAAAAAAAAUUAACCCGCCACAGCUCACGCGGAGAAAAUAUGCGCGACCCUGAACUUCGCCGGAAGCAACCUCGAGGUUCAGAAUGCCGCUUCUGGUGCGUGCGCCGUUAUUUCACUGCACAAAGAAGGCAAGCAUGCGAUCGAAGCGUUCCUGGUGCCGACACACCUCCCAAAGGUCGUGGAAAACAUGGCCGCAAUAAACACAGCGAUGAAGACAAAGUAGUGAGUUUUGCUUUUAUUUUGCUGCAUUUUCAUCGUAUGAUUUCAUCUUCGAAAGACAAAGAAUUCCAAAUCCAAUCGAGAACGCGAUAUGCAGGAGAUAUAGAAAGAGUGUCUAGAUGAACAAUGACAAUCAUUAUCAUGUUGCUAAUAAAUUCUAAAUUAUUUCACUCCUAGGUACAUCCAGAGUGCGAGCGCGAAGCCGAGUUUCCGGCACUCUUUCAUCGCGGAGGCGAUCGCGCAGAACUGCACGCAGCUGCUCGAGGAGGUGUACGGGGCCUCGGUGAUUCCCACGGCGUUCAAGCUGCUGCACGACAUGCCAGAAAAGGUGCUCUUCACCCUGAAGCACUUCCUGAGUCGGAAGAACGAUCCCGACGGCGGGUCCGACUUUCUCUUCGUGUCUGCGCGCAUCGGGGUGCCGGUCGAGAGUCCCGCCUCCGUGGCCUACGAGCAGUGCGUGGACCUGGUGGAGCAUUGUGCGAAGUACUACAACGAGUUCCCGCAGGUGGUUCUGGAAAUCUUCAAGCUCCUCUCCAAAUCCGAACCCAGGUUCCGCCCGCUCUUCGAACACCUCCCCGACGACAUGUGGCACGUGCGCAAAUACCUGUAAACUUUUAGCAGGAUCAUGGUGCGGGGGUCAUGGAACGUCGCAGCCGUCGCCUGGAGUUUUCUUGAGGAAAGAAAUGAAACGACCAAACGUAACCUAACCGUCUAUGAUAGAUCCAACUAGAUGCACGACCAAAAUGAAAGAAAACGAAACGAAACUAUCAAGAAACGCUUUGCUAUGGUUAUCAAUUAUCCGUGAAACGAAAAUGAUCUUUGGCGAUAUCAUCUUCUUGCCGCCUGCUUACACACCACGACCCAGUGCGCUUUCAUUAUGUACACUACAAUCUUGAUGGGCAAUAAUCGUCCUGGCGCACGAACCACAAAUGAGCAAAAUAUCAGCCCGACCCAUUGUAUUCUGAGAAUUUUCUUGUGUGUGCAUAAUUUGCGGAGACAGAUGAGAU